ACUUCAGAUUUUUAUUUAACAUAUUGAAUUUGUAAAACAUAAAGAUAUAACUGAAAAAUGAAAGAAGGCAAAAAUAUAAGAAUAAUAGAAUGGCAUGACAUGGAUAAAAAGAGAUUUUACUGCUAUGGACUGAUGCUGGGCGUUUCUAUGAGGACUUUAAUUUAUCCAAUGAAUCUAGUUAAAACUAGGUUACAAGCUCAGGAAGGUACAUCAGCAUAUCGUGGCACAUAUGAUGCUAUUUCAAAGAUUGGAAAACAUGAAGGUUUCCGUGGAUUUUACAGAGGUUUCCCAAUCAGUUUGGUACAGGUGUUUGCAGGACAAUUGUACAUCACAACAUAUGAAACAACCAAGCAAACUAUAUUCAACGGUCAAUCAAUUCUAGUGCAACAUUUACUUGGAGGUUUUAUGGCAUCAACUGUAUCACAAACUAUUAUGGUUCCAGUUGAUAUUGUAUCACAACAUCAGCAAAUCAGUACAGCUCGUGCUAAGUUACAUAUGACAGCAAGUGUGGAUCAGAGUGUAGCUAUGUCUGGGAUUGCUGGAAAAAAUGGCAAAGUUGCGUCUGGAAUUAUGGGACGAUCAGUGCUUGGCCAAGCAUAUUAUAUUUCACGACAUCUGUUAAGAACAGAAGGUCUUUCAGGACUUUAUAGAGGAUAUGCAGUAUCACUUUGUACUUAUGGAUUGAACAGUGGUUUUUAUUGGGGAUUUUAUUAUAUGUACUCUGAACUCUUAGAGAGUUUUUUACCUGAGCAAAAAGGGAGAUUGCUUGAAGCAUUGCGAAUAUCAGCUUCAGGAAUUCUUGGAUCUGCCACUGCGAUAAUUCUCACAAAUCCUUUGGAUGUAGUCAGAACAAGAUAUCAACUUCAGGUGAGGGCAGGCACGGAAAUUCAAAGUGCUUUCACAACAUUCAAAACACUGUUAAAUACAGAAGGUUAUAAAGGACUAACUAAAGGAAUGACUGCCAGAAUUGUACAAUCAUCCUUCAGUUCAUGGAUUUUAAUUCUUGGUUAUGAAUAUGUGAAGAAAAUGAGUUUAAGACAGGACAAAGCUGUUCUCUCAGAAGAAGAAAUGGUCGAAACUAUGGUUGCAUUUUCCAAAUCAUAGUAUCAACUCUUCUAAAACCCAUAACACCAAGAAAUGUCACACACGCUGAUAUGGCAGAACGAGUAAAUGUGAGAAGGAAAUCCUGAAAUAUUGUUAGUAAAUAAGCUUUGAUCAGCUUAUAUUGCUAUAGGACUAACAUUGUGCCUCCAAUAUGAAAUGUAUUUGUUGCUGUUUGAAUAACCAAUGCAUUUUUCAGAGGUAUCAUGUUAUGUAAAACAGCAUUGCUUUUUGAUACUACUUGUGAACUUACAUCUACCAAUUGACCACGGCUUGUGGCCUGGAGCCAUGAGGCUGUGACAUUUUGAUGGACCUACUCCUAAUCAUACAAUUAUUUUUUAGACAUUAACAAUUUUCUGAUACAUAAUAUCAUUUUUCCUUCAAAAUUUUUUUUUAUAAAUUUCAAUUUAUAAUAUUAAUUUAGGAGUUUCAGGUUAAAUUUGUAUUUAUGAAAAGUUAAAUUUCAAAUAUUCGAAACCCCUAUCCCUACGUCAUAGUUUUGUUAGCAGUCGAGCUCCAAAACCGCCGCCUUGAUUUUGAACAACCUCCUCAUCCCUGCUUAUAAUUGAUCGAACCUCUUUCUGAUUGCUUUUUAUCAAGGAGGCUCUUAUCGAAGGUGAGAUUUUAUCACACAAUGUUUGCAAUUGCUUUCCUAUACGGUUUUCUCAGGUUGCAGUUGUUUGUCAAUUUAUUUUUUGAGUGAUUAUCAAAAAUGAACAUUGUUUGCACUGUGAUUGUGGUUCUUAUUAUAUAUUAUCUAUAUUUAAAUUUUCAAUUCCACCUUGAAGAAGGUUUUGAUAAUUAAUUUCAUUAUCGGCUGUCAGCCUUUACUGUUCGAAAUAAAUAAAAUUUAUUUGUUUUAUAACACA